UAGUCCGUGCCCGAGUUGCAGUCUCGCAGGCCCAGCAAAGACACCCUCGGGCUCGGCUGGGAAGGUGGCGGGGGCCUGCGGGACGCAAGGCGCUGGGCCCGGGGCCGGCCCCGGGCGGGGAUGGGGCCGAGCGAGGGCAGCCGAACUGGCCCUGCCGCUGCUGCUGGGGCAGCUGCUGGCGCUCACAGGCGGCGGAGACGCGUUCUACCUCGAAGUCAGCGAGCUGGAGGAGAAGUGCUUCAUCCAGGAGAUCCCCGAUGGCACAGUGGUCAUAGGUAACUACAAGACCGAGCUAUACGACCCUGCUAUGGAAAAGUACCAGCCCUCCCCGCAGUGGAUCAAUUUGUUCGUGUUUGUGAAGGACCCCGAGAACAAGAAUCUGCUGGCUCGUCAGUAUGGCCCUCGGGGCAGCUUUACCUUCACUUCUCAGUCUCCCGGAGAGCACCAGAUAUGCCUUCACCUCGAGUCCAUCCGGUUCGCCCUCUUCUAUGAUGGCAAGCUGGCCAUUCACUUGGACAUGCAGUUGGGUGAACACACCAAUGAUUAUACGGAACUUGCAGCCAAUGACAAGCUGACCGUGCUGCAUCUGCGCAUACAGCAGCUGGUGGAGCAAGUGGAGAAGAUCCAGAAGGAGCAGGAGUACCAGAGGUGGCGAGAGGAGCGCUUCCGGCAGACCAGCGAGAGCACCAACCAACGGGUGCUGUGGUGGUUCAUUCUGCAGACCUUCAUCCUUGUGGCCACUGGCAUCUGGCAGAUGCAGCACCUCAAGAGCUUCUUUAAAGCCAAGAAGUUGGUGUAGAUGAGCCCCAGAGACCAGAGGCUUAGCCCCCACUCAUUCCCCUUCUGCUGAAUAAUGGGAAGCGGCCUGGCCUGGUCUGUCUCCUGGCUUCUCCCACCCCUCCCAACCCUGAGGGACUUCCCUGUUACUGGUGUGUGUGGGGUGGGGGACAGAGGACCUCUUUAAACUGGUUUCUGAGCCAGGACUUGGGAGAGGAUGGGUUUCAAGCUGGAGGCAUAUGGGUGGGAGGAGCUGUAGGCUCCUUUGCUGCUCUGUGAGACUGAGCAGGAGUGGGGUGAGUGUUACCCCAACCCCCACAUUAAACAGGAUGGGUGAACUAAGAGUGAAUAUAAAUUAUAACUGUCAAA